AUCACUUUUAAUUGCAGAUGAGGAAUUCUAUUAUACGGCCAGCGAUCGAUCGAUUCGCAAAUACAAUGCAGCCACAAAGGAAAAUACAGUAUUUUUGGAAUCCACAUUUUUGAAUACAUACAGUGGGGCUACAUUUACGCUCUCUGCGGAUAAUACCAAAAUAUUGGUACGUUACAAUUUGACCGGGAAAUUCCGUUACUCGAAUGUGGCCCAAUACGAUGUGUAUGACAUCGCAUCGAACUCGGCGAUCAAGAUACACAAGGGCGAGAAGCUGCAGUAUUGCGCCUGGUCGCCGCUCAAGGAUCGGCUGGCCUAUGUCUAUCAGAACAAUGUGCACAUCCAUUUCAAUGAGAAUCUGGAGGUGGCCAUCACCGAGGAUGGCAGAGAUGGCAUCGUGUAUAACGGUGUGCCCGACUGGGUCUACGAGGAGGAGGUGUUGAGCAGUGGCAGCGCCCUCUGGUGGUCGCCGGAUGGCACUAAACUGGCCGUUGGCUUCUUCAACGACACCAAUGUGGAGACCUUCAGAUAUUUCCUGUAUGGCGACUCGGACAAUGAAUACCAUCAGUAUCCACAUGAGGAGAAUCUGAAGUAUCCGAAGAGCGGCACACCUAAUCCGACUGUCUACCUCCGGGUCUACGAUCUGGCCGACAACGAUCCCAUUAUGCAGCGCAUCGAGGCGCCCGUCGACAUUGUCGGCUCCGAUCACAUACUCCAGAAUGUGGUCUGGUCGGAUAAUAGUCAUUUGCUCAUCACCUGGAUGAAUCGUCGCCAGAAUCUAUCGACGCUGCAGCGCUGCAGCCCCCAGGGCGUGUGCAAGGAGGUGACCAGGAUUGAGGAACCCGACGGCUGGGUGGCCAUGAGCACGCCCAAAUGCCUGAAGAACGGCCAGAGCUGCAUCUUUGCCUACUUCAUCGACAACUGGUAUCAGGUGUGGAAUCUCAAUUUGGAGGCGGGCGUCAACAGCUGGAAAUCGCGAGGCGAAUUCACAGUGCUCAAUGUCUAUGGCUAUGAUGAGGUCAACGAUAAGCUUUACUAUCAGGCCACGCUGCCAGGGGAUCCGGCCCAGUAUCAUGUGUUUAGCAACGACGAUUGCCUGAGUUGCAAUAAAGUGGAUGCAGACGGUGCCACGUGUCGUUCAGCCAGUGCGACAUUUAGCAAGGGUUUCUCCUACUACACACUCAGCUGCACGGGUCCCAAUCCCAGCUAUACUCAAGUCUGGGAAUCGGCCACACAUACAAAGGUCGCGGACUGGGAGCUGAAUAGCGCCUAUCGGGCUCAGGUGGCCACUAAGCAGAUGCCCACAUAUCGUUAUCUGAAUGUCUCCUUGGCGGAUGGCAGCAUUGGCAUAGCCAGGUUGGCGUUGCCACCUAAUUUCGAUGAGAACAAAAAGUAUCCCAUGAUUGUUAAUGUCUACGGCGGACCCAAUUCGGUGCGAGUGACGAGUGCGUUCACGGUCGGCUACGAGGCCUUUGUGGUCACCACAAGGAACACCAUAUACGCCACCAUCGAUGGGCGUGGCACGGGAAAUAAGGGCAAAAAACUGUUGUUCUCGGUGAACAAUGAUUUGGGCGAUCACGAGGUGGAGGAUCAAAUCUUUGUCACCCAAUGGCUGCAACAAAACUUCAAAUUUAUCGAUGCCCAUCGUACGGGCAUUUGGGGCUGGAGCUAUGGCGGCUAUAUGACAGCAAAAACUCUCGAAAAGGACAAUAAUCAUGUAUUCAAAUGCGGUGUUUCCGUGGCGCCCGUUACCUCAUGGCUUUACUACGAUACGAUAUAUACGGAACGCUAUAUGGGCUUGCCCACCGUGCAGGAUAACGAGCUCAAGUACAAUGAGAGCAGCGCCUUCAGCAAUUUGGAUAAUUUCAGAACCCAUGGCUUUCUACUGAUCCAUGGCUCGGGCGAUGACAAUGUGCACUAUCAGCACUCGCUGCUGUUGUCCAAACUCUUACAGCACGCUGAUAUACCCUUCGAGGAGCAGACCUAUACUGAUGAGAACCAUAGCAUUGGCAAUGCUACGCCGCAUUUAUAUCAUACCAUAGAUCAUUUCUGGCAAAACUGCCUGACCAAUGCUGCCACUAAAAGAUAGAUUAUUGUAUAUAUAUAUAUGUAUAGAUU